AUGCGCAGUGCGUCGCCGCCCUCCAGGAGCCGGGAGAAGAGCCGGAGGGAGGAGGAGAUCCGCCAAGGAAGAUGGCCGGGAGCGCCCCAGAGAAGAGCACGCUGCUCCACCUCUUCGCCGGAGGGUGCGGAGGGACGGUUGGCGCCAUCUUCACCUGCCCGUUGGAGGUCAUCAAAACGCGUCUCCAGUCGUCAAAGUUGGCACUCAGGGCCGUCUAUUAUCCUCAGGUGCAGCUGGGGACCAUCAGCGGAGAAGGAGUGGUCCGGCCCACCUCUGUGUCCCCGGGACUCGUCCGGGUUCUUAAGUCCAUUUUGGAAAAAGAGGGUCCAAGGUCGCUUUUCCGGGGCCUGGGGCCGAACCUGGUCGGUGUCGCUCCCUCGAGGGCGGUCUACUUUGCCUGUUACUCCAAAGCCAAGGAGCAGUUCAACAGCGUCUUCGUGCCAAACAGCAACCUCGUCCACAUCUGCUCCGCGGGAUCGGCAGCUUUUAUCACAAAUUCGCUGAUGAACCCCAUCUGGAUGGUAAAAACAAGAAUGCAGCUGGAAAGGAGGGUCAGGGGAUCGAAGCAGAUGAACACCCUGCAGUGUGCCAGGUACGUCUACCGGACGGAGGGCGUCCGGGGCUUCUACCGCGGCCUCACCGCCUCCUACGCCGGCAUCUCCGAGACCAUCAUCUGCUUCGCCAUCUACGAGCGGCUCAAGAAGUACGUCACCGACGCCCCGCUGGGCCCGUCCCUUCCCACCGGCCCCGAAAGGACCUCCACCAACUUCUUUGGGCUCAUGAUGGCCGCGGCCGUCUCCAAGGGAUGCGCCUCGUGCAUCGCCUACCCACACGAGGUGAUCCGGACCCGUCUCCGGGAGGAAGGGACGAAAUACAAGGCGUUUGUCCAGACGGCGCGGCUGGUCUUCCGGGAGGAGGGCUACCAGGCCUUCUACCGAGGACUCUUUGCGCAGCUCAUGCGGCAGAUCCCCAACACGGCCAUCGUCCUCUCCACCUACGAAUUGAUAGUCUACCUGCUGGAAGACCGGGCCAAAUAGCAGGCCGAGGAGCCUCUUUGGGUUCAAAUCAGACGCAGACGCAGAUACGCAAAAAAACUCUUGAAACUCUGCAGGCCAGUUUCUCCACAAGCUGCUUCAAAGUGAAUAAUAAUCGGGGCGAAAGGAGGCAAAGGCCCCCCUUUGUUUUGGGGUGCUUUCCGCUUCCGACCCUCACACGAAUCCCUUUCCUUUGAUGCUCAUUUUAGUUUCCCCGUCUUUGUCUCUGUGUGUCUUUAUAUGUGUGUCCCUCUCUCCUUCCUUUUGGGUUUGUGUGUUAUUGAAAGUUGUCGCUGUUACUGUUAAUUAAUUAUUAUUAAUUUUUUUUUAACUUAAAGAGAAAGAUGAGGUUUCAGGAAUUAAACCAACUAAAUUAAAAAGCCGCUAUUUAACGUACAGGGAUAUCUCGCGUCGUCCGUAAUAAUAAUAAUAGCGAUACUCAUUUGUUAUUUAUUUCUAAGACGUCUUGAAAUUCAUACCUCAAAACAUGUUAUUUUGCAACAUACAUUACAAUAUGUCCUAUGGAAAAUGCUACCGACGGAGUCUCCCUUCUCUGGAGCAGAGACUGCAUGGCCAUCUGUUGGGUGAGAUCAAAUGUUGUCUUUCUUUAUGGCAGAAUGAGGUUGGGCUGGAUGGCCUUUUGGGGUCUCUUCCAACUCAAGGAUUCAAUGACACUAUGAAUCUUAAGAGAUCGAGCAUAUAUAUAUAUACAUA